AUGAAGAAGCUGCAGCUGCUCCUGGUCGUCGCAGCAGCCCUGUGUGCUGCCGGGAAACCGGUGAGCAAGGCAGUGGGCGCCAACAAGCUGCUGCUGAUCUCCUUCGACGGCUUCAGGUGGGACUACGACCAGGACGUGGAGACACCGAACCUGGACCAGCUGGUGCUGGACGGGGUCAAGGCCAAAUACAUCACCCCCCCGAUGCUGACCAUGACCUCGCCGUCCCACUUCACCACCAUCACCGGUCGGUGGGUCGAGGACCACGAGGUCGUCCACAACAUGAUGUUUGACAGCAAGACCAACCUGAAGGUUCCUCACAAACAGGCACUGACCAGAUCGGCGUGGUGGGACAACGGAGUCCUGCCGUUAUGGAUCACAGCUCAGAACCAGGGUCUGAAAACUGCUUCCUUCCACUACCCAGGAGGUGGCGCCAACUACAGCGGUCAGGCGGUCAACCGAGUGCUGGUGGAGGCGUUCGACCACCCGGACGAUAACGAGACCGAGUGGCGUCAGAACGUUGACACAGUGAUGAGCUGGUUCUCUGAGGAAGACUUCCACCUGGUGACGCUGUACUAUGGCGAGCCGGACCACGUGGGCCACGCCAUGGGCCCGGAUCACGAGGACAGGAAGAAGAUCAUCCGACAGAUCGACCGCACCAUCGGCUAUUUGAAGGAGGCCAUUGAUCGGCAUAACCUGACCGACAGCCUGAACGUCAUCAUCACCUCCGACCACGGCAUGACCAGAGUCAAGAAGCGACCUCAGGUGGAGGAGAUCAUCCUCAACAAGUACCUGAAUUUGAUCAAGCUCGCCAGCUUCGAGAUCCUCGACUACGGCGGGUUCGGCAUCCUGACGCCUCGGCCGGGGAAGGAGCAGGAGGUUUUUGAUUCUCUAUCCAAAGCACCCAAUCUGACGGUCUACAAAAAAGACCAGAUGCCCGAGAGCUUCCAUCUUGGCAAAAGUGAGCGGCUGCCUCCCAUCGUGGUUGUCGCAGAUCUGGGAUUCAACCUGAACUCUAGAUUCAUCGUGUACGUCAACAAGGGCGAUCACGGGUAUCAUAACGGAGAGAUGGACAUGAAGACCAUCUUCAGGGCGUUCGGUCCCGACUUCAGGAGGAACUUUGUGUCCGAGCCGUUCGACAGCAUCCACAUUUACCCGUUGAUGUGUAAACUGCUGCAGAUUGACCCGGCGCCGCACAACGGAUCCCUGACGGUGACCGAGCAGCUGCUGCACAGCAGUGGAUCACAGAUCACAGCUCCAGUGUCUGUCACUCUGCUGCUGGUGGUCAUGUUCACUGUGCUGUAA